AUGUGGAGCUGCCCACUCAACGGCACCGGCAGCGAGGACCAGCUCCCCUGCCAGCACGUCCAGCGGGCCCUGUCCGCCCUCUCGCUGCUCUACCUGCUCGUCGGCGUCCCCCUCGGCCUCGGCUACAACGCCCUGCUGCUGCUGGUCAACCUGCACGACGCGGGCGGGAUGGCCAUGCCCGACGUCUACUUUUCCAACAUGGCCGCGGCCGGCCUGGUCCUCGGCGCCCUGGCGCCUGCGCACCUGCUGGGCCCCGGCGCUGCCGGCUGGGCCGUGUGGGACGCAGGCAGCGAGGUCCACGUCUCGCUGCUGGUGCUGUUCAACGUGGCGGCACUGGUGACCCUGUACUCCACGGCGCUGCUGGCCCUCGACUGCUACAUCGAGCGGGCGCUGCCGCGCACCUACAUGUCGAGCGUCUACAACACCAGGCACGUGUGUGGCUUCGUGUGGGGCGGUGCCCUGCUCACUGGCUUCUCCCCCCUGCUCUUCCAUAUCUGCGGCCACGCGGCUGCGAGGCUGGCCGAGUGCUCCCAGGUGCGGCACACGGAGGCGGCCGACGCCAUCAUGCUGCUCAGCGGGUACCUUGUGCCCGGCCUGGCCGUGCUGUACGCGCUCGUGCUCCUCACGCGGAUCCGGAAGGAGGACACGGCACUCGACCGGGACGCGGGCCAGCCGGACCCCUCGGCGCACAGGCUGCUGGUGGCCACCGUGUGUGCGCAGUUCGGGCUCUGGACGCCCCACUACCUGACGCUCCUGGGGCGCACGGUCCUGGCUGCGCGGGGGAGGCCAGCGGACGGGCACCACCUGGGGGCGCUGCUCCUCGCCAAGGACCUGUCCAGGUUCCUGGCCUUCGCCAGCAGCGCUGUGGUGCCGCUUCUUUACCGCCACAUCGACAGAAACUUCCCCGGCAAACUCCGACAGCUGAUGAGGAAGCUGCAACGUGGGCACCAGAGCUGCUCCUUGGACGAAGCGGGGGCACAGCCGGCGAUGGCGUAG